UCCUUGCACGUGAUCUGCAGGAAAAGGCGGCUCCGACUUUCGCUUCUUGCUGCUUGCAAGCGGAGGUCCUUUAGCGGGAGCUACUUCGGGCAUGUUUGCAAACCUCGCUUGUCCCGCCGGCGGAAAGACCUCUAGUAUGGAGGAAAGUGAAAUUUCCGAAACACCCACUACUGAGACUGAACUACUGAAAGAACUAGAAAAAUGGAAGGAAAAAGUUGAAAAAACUGAAAAGCUAAAGUCUGAAAUCCUUGUUUUAACACGUGCUGUUGAUGAGAAAAAAAGAAUGAGGCAAAAGGAUUUGACAGACCUAAUGGAUGAGAGUAAUAGGCGAGCAAACGAAAGAAUGAGAAUACAGGAGAACCAAAAGAAGCAACUCUCCUUAAUAUAUGAGCAAAAUAAAAAGCUGAAAAUGGAAACCCAGAUCCUUAAGUUGAAUCUGGAAACAAAGAAGAUGAAAUGUGGAGACCUUACCCAGAGCUUUUCGCUUAAGAAAUGCCUACCUGAAAAAAAAAUGAAGUUUGUGCACCUGAAGGAUGUCGAGGAUGAAGAUGAGUAUAUGAACAUGUGCUGCGAUUUUCAUGUAGCUACAGAAAUCCCAAUCAUGGUGAACCAGGGAGAAGCUCUCAUCCAGUUUGAAGAAGAAUCAGUUGCUCAGCAGCUGAUUACAAAACAUAGCCAUAUCAUCAACCUGGAAAAUAAGAAGGUUGUUUUGGAAGCCCGUCCUGUUGCUUUGAAGAGGGGAACAACAUUUGAGCUCCAUGUUAAGAUCUCUCAAACGAAGAUUUAUGUUUCUAACAUCCCAAAUGUAAAUAUCCACAUGGAAUGGAUGAGAGACAAAUUGGAGCUGCUUUUUUGCAAAGCUAAACUGGGUGGAAUUCAGAAUAUAUCUUAUGAUCCACGCUUCCAAAUGGCCAUCAUUACCUUUGCCCAGCCUAUAGCUCUUAAUAAUAUCAUAAGGUAUGGACAAUGCUGUAUUGAUAUAUUUGGACAGAUUCAUCUCCUCACUGUUUCACCUGUCAAAAAUUGUAACGUGGAAAAAGUUCAGAUGUUUUCCGGGACUUCCAAGAAAACUGUGCUGUUAACAGGAAUCAACGCAGAACAGAAAGAUGAGAAUGUGGAAGAUGUGAUUGAAAUUCAUUUCCAGAAACCUAGCAACGGUGGGGGUGAAGUGGAACAAGUGACAUACGUUCCCAAAGGAACAAAAAUUGCCUAUUUUGAGAUCAAUAAAGGGGAUUUUAUAUGAGACUUUUGAAGAUGUACAUAGGCUUAGCUUCCAAUUAUGCUAAGAGUUUGAUUGAAUAAUAAACCUGUAAUGGUUUAGGAAUGAAGUUGGUCGUAGCAUAGCGGCAGGACCACCUUCUAAAUCCUACUGAAAGCUAUGUUCUGUUAAAAGUCCCUUUUUCAGUUGGUUUUAUUGAAUCUCUUGAAAUCAGUGAGGCUUAAGUUGCGAUCUAGUCACAACUCUCUUCAAUAAAUCCUGAUGGUUUCUUACACUUACAGUACAAGUAGUUAGUAAGAACUGCCUGUGGCAUAAUUGUAUGAUGGCAAUAUUCUGUGGCCUAGGAAUAAAGGUGCUCUUAUGCUCUGCAAGUUACAGAUGUAGCCUGUGUCCACUGGAAGCAUAAGUGAGGCUUUGCCUUGAUCGCCCACAGUCUAGUUGUACAAAUGCCCAAGAAUCCCAGGUAAGAUUCAUUGAAUGUGUUCUUCAGAGCACUUGGCUGCAUGUUUCCUGGGAAAUCUCAAUCCUACUUGUAGACCUAUUUUACUAAACCAGUUAGGAAAUCUGAAGAGUUGACACUGAAUGGGAAGACUUUUGAUUUUUUUUUUUUAAAUAUGAAAACUGCAAUCUAGAAGUGAGUGCCUCCUUUCCCCACCUCUUGCACCUUAUUUCAUGGAAAGCAAUAUCACUGGUAGAAUGUUUUCCUCUGUUGCAAAUUGAGAUUCAACCAGUUAAAUUAAUCAGGAAGACUACUUUCAGCUCAAGCUAACUCACAGGUCUUCUGUUGUGAUGAUAAAAUGAAGGGAGGAAAAGUGGGCUAUCAACAAAAAGAUGAGUUUACACUUACUAGCUAAUGGGCUUAUAUUGUAACCUUGAUUGUUUCUAUUAUAAACUCAGUACUUGUAUAACCUCUAUUUUGUUUAUUUGAAUCUCAAUAAAUUUCACAAGUCAAACUAUUUGGAA